GAAUCUUCUUUGUCACAAACCGGACAAAAGGAGUGUAAAGUCAGUAUGCAAGACGUUUGUCUAUCUUAGAAAAAAACCUUUGAAUUUAUUCCUCUUUCUCUUUUGCAGACAGAAAUAAAAGAUAACCAUCAGCUGCCACCAUGAAUGGAGGAUUCCUUGUGAACUUGUUGGCAGCUAUCUGCAUAACUCACAUAGUGAGUCAACAAACCGAACCUACACAAUUAAAUAUUAGUACACCAACAAAUAGCACUAUCGGAAACACAACACAAUUUUAUGUUGGAAAAACAACAACGUCAUCAGGGAAAAUCAUCAGUAACAACGUAUCAGUUGAAGAAAGCAUCAUGUCUUCUACACCCGAGAUAUAUGCCCAAGAAUGUUGCAAAACCACUCAAUCAUCUGGUUCAGAAACAAGCCAACCAGCCACUACAUUUUCUGAGGGGAACUCAUCAUUUUCAUGUGAGGCUCCCGCAUCAGCUGAGGCUGAACGCAUCUCUGGUACGACGCCAUUGGAGGCUCUGCAGACUUCAGAUAUCGAAGGUGGCAACACACCCACCAGCAUUUCUUCACCAUUAUCACAAAGUGAGACAAUGUCAGUAAGCAUUCCCACACAAGGAUCCUCUGAAUCACAGACAAACAAGCUUUCAACCACUUUAUCAGACAUUCCUCGAAACGUACAAACCGACAUGAAAACAACCAAAAUGUCUACCCAGUCGCAAACAGAGACAAAAGACUCUGAUGCAACAGAGGGUACUACACCUUCACGAACAAUAAACACAAUGGCGAAACGAAAUACGCAAUCAGGGCAAAAAAUAUCAUCUGAGGCAAGCCCGAUGACUGACUCUAAAGCUACAACAGACUACGCUGUAGUUUCAGGCACAGGAGAACCAACUUCAGCAGAGAAUCAAAGCUCUGACUCUUUAAAGACUGACUCGGCCUCAACACAAAGCUCUGCAGGAACCACAAAACCAGACACCUCUACAACGGAGACUCAAAUGGAGUCUACAGAACCAGCUGCUUUACGUACAGCGAAAACUGGGACAUCUACUGUGCAUUAUACACAGGCACAAAUGAUGGAGGACACGACAAGACCUCUGCCACCCUUAUUAGAAACGUCUGCAACAGGAACAACCAGAAAGUCAACAUCUUCCCAUCCACUUGUAACACGAGCAGCAGCAGCUUCAAGCAGUGAAUUACAAACACCAAGGAAGAAUGAUAUAACAUCUUUCACAACACAUUUUCAAAACACCUCAGGACAAAUUACUUUAAAUUUAACAACUGAAACACAAACUGCAGAUGCAGAAGCAAGUAAAACAACUCGGUCAACCAAAUCCUCCAUUGCUUCCGAAAUAACUUUCAAAUCAACACAGAAUGUAUCAAUGGAUUUUCAAGCACAAAAAAUGUCAUCGGCUAUGGUUUCACCUCCACAAGGUUCGCCACAUAUUACAAGCUCAACGGGACAAUCCAACACCCAAGGUUUGGAGACUUCAACAACCUCUGAAUCACUAACGACACAACUUCCCAAAACUUCCAAACAAACUGCACCACACACCACAGUGUCUUUAGUUACAUCUGCUCAAGAAACUCCACAAACAGCUGCACACACAAUUACCCCUAAGGCACCAGAGACUGCAUCAGCAGAAUGGACAACGGAUCAGUACUCAUCCGCAUCGCAAAGUUUAGGAUCUUCCAGUUCACAAAAAAAUCAAAGUAUCUCACUGGUCCCAGUUAGCACAUCAAGAAGCACUUCGUCUUCAGUCCCAGCACAGAGUUCAUCCCAUUCCACAGCAGAAGAAGCUCAUUCAAGUGAUAUAAAUAUGGAGAAGGCUACGGUAAAAUCCACAGCAGCUGAGCAUGGAAUCACAGAGACAACAGACUCCAACUUAUACACAUCAUCAGCUGACCUCAGACAUGCAAACACAACACAACUGGAAUACGAUGCAAGCGCUUUGCCUGUUUCUCGAAACAGGACUGUGUUUUUCAAAUACAGUCCAAGGGUUGUUAUUGUGAAGCCUUUAGUCUUUCAUUAUCCAGUCGUGGCGCGCAUCACGUUUUUAUCCAAUGGUACAGACAAAAUUCAUUCAAGUGCUACAAAUAUAGAGAAGGCUACAGUAAAAUCCACAGCAGCUGAGCAUGGAAGCACAGAGACAACACACUCCAACUUAUACACAUCAUCAGCUGACCUCAGGCAUGCAAGCACAACACAACUGGAAUACGAUGCAAGCGCUGUGCCUGUUUCUCGAAACAGGACUGUGCUUUUCAAAUACAGUCCCAGGGUUGUUAUUGUGAAGCCUUUAGUCUUUGAUUAUAAAGUCGUGGAGCGCAUCACGUUUUUAUCCAAUGAUGCAGACAAAACUGAUGGAACGACAAACUAAAUUGUAGCAAGG